CGGCAUUAAUUCUCCCACAUUGAGUGUACGCACGCAUUGAAUGUACACUAUUAAACCGAUGUUAAUCAUAACCCUAACCUUUGGUCAGUAUAGUGUACGUACAAUCAAUAGGCCAAUAGGGGCGGAAGUCGUCAUGCUUUGUUUAAAUUGCCUAAAACAAACAUCUAAAUAUCAGUGAUUAAAUACGCCCUAUCAUGCCGAUAAAUCGAACAUGUUAUUAAACUUACACACCCUUAAGUAUAAAAUGUUUCGCCGCUAGAUGUUUGUCGUGUAAAAAAAGAAACAGAAUAGUAUAUAAACAUUCUACUUUACAUGGGUUAAACCUUUUACAUAUUUUCUGUUUUAGUUAAUAUUUAAAUGGGUGAUACAAAUACAGAGAACGGUUUAAAUGGAAUGGAAAAUUUGCAACCAUUGACCAGUUUUGACGUUACUAUAGUUACACGAGAUGAAUGGGGCGCAAGGCCAUCAAAGGAAAUAAACUAUAUGGGAACACCGGUCAGUGUGGUAUUCAUACACCACACAUCAAUGAAUGACUGUCACACGCAGGACCAGUGCAUGGAACAAAUUAGAAAAAUACAGAAUUUUCAUAUGGAUGACCGAGGAUGGGACGACAUUGGUUACAACUACCUCAUUGGCGAAGAUGGCAGGGUGUACGAGGGACGUGCCUGGGACAGAAUUGGUGCUCACACUCUAAAGUGGAAUGACGUGGCAAUUGCCUUCUCUUUUAUGGGAAACUACUGUUCCAAACUCCCUAAUGACAAAGCGUUACACGCACUGAAAGCUAUGUUAGCAUUAGGAGUUAAGAAGGGGAAAAUAACACCAGACUAUAAGCUAUACGGACACAGAAAUGUACGCGAAACAGAAUGUCCUGGUGAUAAAUUACACGAGCUUAUAAGGACAUGGAGUCAUUUCGACAACAGCACGCCCGUGAAACCGGAACCUAAACCUUAUAUAUCAGAAAGAAAACAAUAGAUAUGAAAGAUAAUAUAUAGCGUGUUUUAAUUAACAAUGAAGAGGUUACAAGUCCCGCGGAAUAAAUUAACAACAGCGUAGAUUGUGGCAAUUAUUAUAUGUGGCUUCUAUUUCAUAUAAAUUAGACUGCAAUAAGUCUAACAUCUAUAUGCAAAAAUGGAUCAAAUAUCACCGCACAAUUGUGUUUAUCUAUACACAGAGGAAACUUUGCUGGCAAACAUUAAUCAUACUUUACAAUUAUUUACCAAGUCUUACUCAAAAAGGAAUGAAGGUUCCUGAAGUCAUAUUCCAUCACCAUUAUAUACUUCUCUCAUUUGCUACAAAAAGUGUCCACAAACUCAUUUAUACAUUGCAUACUUUCACCGAGUACAGUACGCCCAUGUGAGUAGCAAAUAGCACUCAAAUUUCCUAAUACAUCUCCAGCUAUAAUUUAUGUAUAAAUGAGCUGCAUCAUGAGAAACCCAACAUAGUGCAUUUUGCGACCAGCAUGGAUCCAGACCAGCCUACGCAUUUCUCUAAUUGCAAUAGGCUUUGAAAGCGAACAGCAUGGAUCCUGACCAGACUGCGCGGAUGCGCAGGCUGGUCUGGAUCCAUGCUGGUUGCAAAUGCACUGUGUUGGUUUUCUCAUGGUGCGGCUCAAAUGUGAUUCGAGUAAGCUUCAAGAAGCGCAAAAAGCAGUAGAGGCUUCUUGUGCAGGUUACAAGAAAGGAUUGGUACUUUGCCUGGCUCCUAUUACAAACAAAAUCAAACACUUAAAAGUCUUUGCAUAGAUUUAUUUACAAAUACAAAUAUAAUAGUAUCGUUAACAGUUUCCAUUGCUAUAAAUAUAAAUAAAAAAACUUUAAAAUCACAGCUUUACCACUGAUUUUACAGUAAAAAAAAAUGAUAUUUACAUCAAGCACUUUAUGCUUACACUUAACAUACAACAUGGAAUAAUGUGACCUAUGAAUGGAUUUACACCGGUCUGCAUUAAAAAUGUGUGUAAAAUACUUCUGAAUCAGAUGCUUAAAAGUAACAACUCUGCGAUCACAUGGAAAAAUAACAAGAGGCCCAAAAACGAGGCUAAGUCGCUAACCUAAACAGGCCUUUGACCUUCAGUCCUUGCUUCUGACCGAGUUUAGCUAAUAUCCGUUCAGCAGUUCAUUAAAAGCUAUUUAAAGCUUUUUUCUAUUUUCUCCUGUAAUGGUCCUAAAAUGCAUAAUGUUUAGAGGUUUGGAAAGUUUGGUUCAUCAAGUUGAAAAAAAGAAACUUUGAGCCGUGCCAUGGGAAAACCGACAUAGUGGCUUUGCGACCAGCAUGGAUCCAGACCAGCCUGCGCAUCCGCGCAGUCUGGUCAAGAUCCAUGCUGUUCGCUAACGGUUUCUCUAAUUGCAGUAGGCUUUAAAAGCGAACAGCAUGGAUCCUGACCAGACUGCGCAGAUGCGCAGGCUGGUCUGGAUCCAUGCUGGUCGCAAACCCACUAUGUUGGUUUUCUCAUGGCACGGCUCCAAUUGUUUAAAGAUUUUUAAGCUGUGGCAGCCCCUACAUAAAAUGGACCAGGUCAAAAUAUAUGGAAAAAUUGAGCCUGAUGUUGGAGACCAAAUUUGGUGAAGAUCUAUGAAGUGUUUCAUGAGAAGACGUUGUUUCAAGGUUUUCCUAUGUUUAGCUCCGGCAGCCCAAAGAAAUAGUCAAGCUUAACCAUUUGAAGAAAUUUGUGAGAAGUCCAUGCCAUGCUGCCACUGAUAAGUUUGGUAAAACUCUAACCAACAGUUUCAGCGAAGAUGAUUAACCCUUAGCCUGCUGGCGGUGAUUGGUUUUGCCUUUGCGACCAGUGCAGACCAAGAUCAGCCUGCACAUCCGUGCAGGCUGAUCAUGGUCUGCACUGUUCGCUAUUCAGUCAGUAAAUUUUCAGUGAACACCCCUUCAAAUAAUGGUAUUGCCCAAACUGAAUGAUGGAACAGUCCAUUUUAGAAAUUUAGCUGGCUAAGGGUUAAGUAAAACAUUGAACAGGACAAUAGACAACGGAUGAUAGCCUCAGGAUCAUCCACCUUCACUAAUAACUUACCCUGAACAAAGUUCACAUGAACUAAAAUGCUGGAAAGUCGCCAUAUCACCAAUACUUGUGUCAAUGUGAGGUUAAACCAACAAAAAAGUUUGAUGAAGACCCGUCAUGAGAACUAGUCUUUUAUAGGUUUUUCUAGUUUUAGGUGUGGUGGGCAUUAAAAGGGGCCAAGCACUUGGCCUUUGUUCAAAUGACACCCUCGCCGCCAUCCCCACUCAUCCCCCUGCCCGAAAA